UUUCUUUGGGUUUAAAUAAAAAAAAUAGACUGGUUUCGUAAAUUCAAGCAUCUGAUGGCCGAGAUCAUCGGCGGAAAAAUCAAAUAAAUAAACAAAAAAGGUGUUAGACGAUUGCUAUGUCGUCAAAAACUCCUAGAACCUUGCUUGAGAAUUAUCUGGAUGCUUCCAAAACUCAGACAGUUAAAGUACAAAGGAAUCAGCAUGGAAGUCUAAUACGAACACCACCAACAGAUCAAAGGUCUAUCAGGCCUCGGCUGUCUAGGACACCUGAACCUUACAUACAUUCCCAGCGUGAUGAACAACGUGGUAGAACAGAAAGAUACACAUCUAUAACCCCUGAGCCAUAUAUACAUUCAGCAGGAAAGAGUCGCCCACAGCAUAACAGAGUGUCUACAUUACGAAGUAAGAGGAGAUCUGUCUCCAGUAAUAAUGAUGCGGAAGAAACACCUAGACAGAUGCUUCAAGGAUUCCUCGAGAGUGAGGACACAACUGCUCCACUAGUGAGAUAUGCAAGUAGGACAUCUCAAGGUAGACCAUCAUCUAGUCAGCCGGCUCCCUCAUCAUCCAGUAGUGGAAGAUCUUCGCUUGUCAGACCUGGCAAUAUUACGGUUGAUAUAGACUAUGACACACCAAGGACUCUCCUACAGAGAUAUGUUCUAAAUACAACUGAUGUAAUUGAUACCCCGGCACCAAGAAAGGAUAUACCACAGCAGCUAAGUCCAGAAAUACAGUUGCACCAAGAGACCUACCACACUCCCAGUCCAUUUAGAACAAACUCAUCAGAGUCUGAUAGUGUCACAACACAUGGGAGCACUAGAGGAAAGACGCCUAGAUCUGCGAGAAGAACAAAAGAGCAUUACAGUAUAAUGGAGAGUGUGAACCAAGCUGUGGAUGACAGCAUGAUCCCUCCCACUAAUCCAGAAGAUUUUAAAAUACCCAGUGCUUUUUGUUCAUCUGAUGAAGAAAGUGUAAUAGCAGAGACACAGCCCAGUGUGUAUAGUAGAACUGUACAUCGUAAAGGUAAUUUUAACAUCUCAAUUCCUGAAUCAAUGAGAGAAGAGAUUUCCUUGUACAAACGUUCACAGAUGCACACUGAUAAUGUUGUUGAGGAAUCUAGAAUAACAGAGAGGCAGUUUGAGAAUGAUAUGGUUGGCGAUAGUGAGAACGAAAUGGAUUAUGAAGAGGGAACCGGUUAUAUGCCAUCGCAAGUUCAACCGGGUACCAAUUUGUUACCUGACUGGGAAGAAUAUACUAUACCCUUGAAAGGUGGUGAGAUGGAUCGAAGCCCGGUUAUAUCUGAUAAAAGUUUUAAUAGAUCAAGCGGUUAUAAAGUUGAUAGGUCACAGGGUAAUUUAAGCCUAGAGAGCGAAUAUGAUGUGGAGCAAAGUGGGCGAAACAGGGACUACAGAAGAAUGGGACGGUGGAGUGAAGGGCAUCAAAGUAGACUCCAGUCACCAGGUCAGAGGUCAACUGAAGGUCAUAGAAGAUCAAUGCCAGGUCAAAGGACUGUGGACAUUAAUUAUUCACCAGAUAAUGAAAUAAGGAGACAUGACUUGAACCAGUCACAAAGACAACACAGUCGUAUUGAAACCUCAAUGGCAGAGUCAUCAAGAUAUGAGGCACAAAAUAGAAGCAGGAAUAGAAAUUUAAGCUCAAGGAGUGCAGAUAUGGUAUCAAGAAUGUCUAGUAGACAGGUUGAUAAUAUACUAGAUGCUGUGUCACCUGCUAGAAUACGUUCAUUCAAUGAUGAUGUCGAUGACUUGUAUACUGCUCAGAAGUUAGAAUAUUCAAGGCAAGAAAAUUUACGUCAUCAGAGCUUGCCAAAUAUUUCUGGUAAUUUCUCACCAAGAAUAUCUUCAACUCAGAGAAACAUUACCAUGGAAACUAAUGAAGAUGAAGAAGACCGCCCGCGUUCUAAUGUUACGGCAUCCCCAGUAGUUUCACCGGGAUCAAGCCCAAGAAGUGGGACAUCAUCAAGGUUAUCUAGAUCAAGAGUGUUGAUGCCAUCUAACAAGGACAACCAGUCCACUUCGGCUUCCCCAGAUGGCAGUGUUAGAAGUUUGUCUUCAAGGAGUUUGUCCUCUAGAAAUUCAUCGAGACUGUCAGCAUUUAGAGACGGUACAUCUCAACGAGUUUAUACUCAGACACCAAGUGGUUCUAGAUAUGAAAGUAGAGCGUUAAUGCCGUCAAGUGGAGACAACCAGUCCAGAUCUGUGUCUCCAUCGAGCAGUGCACGAAGUUUGUCAUCAAGAAAUUCUACUAGACACUCCUCUGUAAGAAAUUAUACACCACAACAAAUGCUGACCCCAGUGUCUGGUGGUUCGAGACACGGGACACCAGUAGGUUCAGCAGGACACCAGAUGAGAUCCAGGGAUCACACUCCAUUAAAGACAGUGACCCCAUCACCAGUGGUUUCUCCAGGAGCGAACAGUAUGAAUGAAUCUCGAAGUAGUAUGGAGCUUCAACCAUCGACAAGAAAAUCUAGGACACAUUUAGGUGACUCUGAACAAGAAAGUCUAGGAGAAGAGAAGGAAAUGCUAGAAAGGUCAAGUUCAUCUGUAAAUCAAUCAUUGAGCAGGUCAAGGUCAAAAGGUCAAACACCCUCUACAAGGUUAUCUACUUCUCCAGUUGUUGCUGGUAGGAGGCUAGCUCCAGAUAUGGUAAAUACAUUACCAAACAAUACAGUUAAUUUCUCACCAGAAAUUGCAUCAACCCAGAAUCUGGCAACAUUAUCACGUACAGGGCCAGGUGCUGUGGACAGAAGUACUACGGUACAUACAGAUGCUGGUGAUGUGGACAGAAGUACUAUGAUACAUACAGAUGCUGGUGCUGUGGACAGAAGUACUAUGGUACAUACUGAUGCUGGUGCUGUGGACAGAAGUACUACGGUACGUGCUGAUGCUGUGGACAGAAGUACUACGGUACAUACAGAUACUGGUGUUGAUGAGAAUGAUGAUGAUGAAGAUAAUGAACAUGUUGACAAUGAUGAGCAAUGGCAAGAUGAGAUAAAUGAAGAACAAGAAGUAACUGAAAAUCAGCAGCAAAGUCAGCAGAGUUCUGUGCCCAUGGUUGAAGAGACCACUCCUGUACCAAAAGUAAUGCCGACAUUUUUUCACAUUUCCAUCAUCACUAAAGAUUCCUUCUGUAAAAGUAAAAAUGUCACAAUAACAGAAUACAAACGUAAGAAAGCUGUUAGAAAGCCGAGACAGAAGUCCAACUAUUCAUUACCAGUUUCUGUAGUAAAGAAGCAUUUUACUCACUAUGCAGGCAUGAGGGUGUCCAAGGAAGCUGUUGAAGAAGUGAUGAAAGUAUCCGAGAAAUACUGGGACAUCAUGGCCAAGGAUUUGGAAGCCUAUGCCAAACAUGCAGGCAGAAAACAAAUCAACAUGUCGGAUUUUGUUCUACUGUUUAAAAGACAAGGUCAUGUGACGCCGAAACAGAGUUUAAAAUCUCUUAUAGCAAAGUACCUACCGAUGGAAGAGCGAGAAAAGUUAAUACCUGUUGCUAGGGCAGGCAACAGAAUAGAGCCAAAACUGUGAUUAAAACAUUACUUUAACAUAUAGAAAAAACAUUUAUAAA